CCAUGAGCUCUGAAUAUAUUGAGAUAAUUGUUAAUAAUCAGACGUUUGAGAGAGUUCUAGAUUACGCUAAUGUCGGCCUUACAAUCUAACUUAGUCAAGAAAAUUAGACCUUGCAAAUUUCGAGACGAAUAUGAUUUUCCUGGCCGGGCUUCGGUAUGCUGGAAUUUAUUCUCAAACAACACAAUCCCCCUAUAAAUAUGCGGAGUAAAGUGUUUAAGUCAUGUGUUUUGUGGCCAUAGAAGACCCAGACCAAUGGGCAUGCAGGGUUUCGGUUUGGGGUCUAAGUGAAACCAUCGUUGGUGUAGACCCUAGGCUUUGGUGGGCCAAUACAUUCAAAAGACUCCAAGAAAAAACUGGCUUCAAAUAACAAAAUGGAACGCAUACAUUACGGACUAGCACUUCUGCUGUUAUCAUCAAAUAUAUUGGGCCAAUACAAUUAUCCUACUCCUGCAACUCCCUUUAAUGGAGGUCCAGCGCCACAGCAAACCAGUAGCGGGGAUUUUCCUCAGCAAUCUUCAACAGGAGCAACAGGUUAUCCCAGCUCUGGAACAUUAAAUUCGAACAAUUAUCAAAAUCUAGGAGGUUCACCCCAGCGACCAGCGCUUGCACGACCGCCAGGUCAACCUAAUGAAUACCCCCAGAGACCUCAAAGCGGCGAUAUUCCAAGUGUGAAACCCACAGGCACAGGUUAUCCUCCAGCUGGGGCACCAAGUGGACCAGCUAUUCCUGAAGGUCCUAGCAAAGGCCAACAGAGCGUGUUUCCACCGCUAAGUAUUUCCAACUCUGGGCCUACUGAAAACUUUCCAGCAAACGGACCGAAACCUGAGCAUUUCCCCAGUGCACAUGGAGGCUACCCUUCGGCAUCAAAACCUUCAGGCUCAAAUUUUCCGGUUCAGAAUCGGCCUGCAGCAAACCCCUCAAAUGUACCACAGGAGCAGGGCGGAUUUUCCCGGCAACCAGGGAGAUUUGAAAACCAAGGAAUUAAUCCAAGUGGCUAUCCUGGGCAAGGUCAAGGCAGCGGCUAUACAGAUGCGUCUCAGUCAAGUUAUCCGGGAGCACAACGGCCCCAAAGUCCAGCCUCAGGGUCUUUUGCAGGUCAAAAUGGUAGACCGGAAACACCUCAAGGUGCAUUUGGAGCGGGUGCAGGUGCAGCAAGCCUGGACCAGAGUUCAGGAGAUACGACCGGAGAGCAUGGUAUUGCUGGGCCUUCCGAAGUAAAUGAGGGUGAUUAUUCGGCCAUCCCUGGAGAGCCCGAUGCUGACUAUUCGAUUUUCUCUUUUGUCCCUCAAACUUCGUUUAGUUGUGACCAACAACGGUAUCCGGGUUAUUAUGCCGACGUAGAAGCAAGAUGUCAGGUAUUCCAUGUUUGUGCCAACAACAAAACAUAUGACUUUCUUUGUCCAAACGGCACAAUUUUUCAUCAGCAGUUCUUCGUGUGUGUAUGGUGGAAUCAGUUUGAUUGUAAUACUGCUCAGUCUCUUUACGAAAUGAACGCAAACAUCUACGAUCACGCGAUAUCAGGAGCCCAGCAGCAAACGGGAGGAAUCCCAGCUGGAUCUGGUGCUGACGGGUAUGGUGGAGGUUUUGUGGGCACUGAACCUCCCAAUAUCAAUCAACAGGUAUCUGAAGGAAGUCAAAUACCUUCAGCGCCUGUUGGUGCCGACGGAUUCCAGACUCCAGGAUAUCAACCAACUGGACCCGGUGCUUUACCAUCUGUUUCAAGCCAACAAACUCAGACAAACAGCUAUCCUUCACAGGAGCCUCUAGCUUCGGGUGGGAAUGGCGGAUAUCCGUCAGGUGGCCCAAGUAGACCUCAAGAUUUCCAAAAAGAGGGAGUUUCACAAAACGGCCCUCAAGCGUCGCCGCAAGCUCCUCAUAGACCUUCUACUUCACCUCAAGUUCCAAAUUAUCCGUCAUCAGGCCAACAAUAUCCCAACAAUAGACCCCAUGGUACUUUCUCACACUCGACGGGUUUUGGAGGGCCUUCUACCUUUGCAGGCGAUACACAAAAUGCAUUCCCUUCUUCUACCGCACCCGGAAGAUAUCAAGGCUCCAGUAAACCCACUCAGGGAUCUCAAUAUUUGCCCCCCAUACAGCCCCAAGAAGCUUUGCAAUCUGGAACUUAUUCAGGACCACAAAAACCGAUUUCCUCAAGUGUAAAUACAAAUGGAAAUAGUAGCGGUUAUUCGGGAAAUCAACAGACCAACCCGUCAUCCAAUAGUCAGCGAGGAACUAACGGUGGGUACCCUGGUGGGCAACCAGAACCCUCUCAAGCAUAUCCUGGUAGCCAGCAACCUAUAAGUGGAUACCGUGGUCAGCAAACCAACGCAGGAUAUCCCAACAGUUCUGGAGCGUAUCCAAGCAAUCAGCGACAACAAGGCGAGCUGCAGACGUCUGGAGUAAAUUCAAAAGGAGAACAGCCGCGUGAGGGACAUUCAACUGCUCAGUCCGCUGGUAGUUUCCCUUCUGGAGGUGGAGCUUCAGGAGUCUAUUCAGGCAAUCAGCAAGUAGGCGGAACUUAUUCUUCAACACAACAAUCUUCCCCUUCAAGUCCAAGUACAACUUAUCCAAAUGAGCAGCAAUCUAAUGGAGGGUAUUCGAACACUCGAAAGCCUGGUGGAUAUCAGACGAGGGGUUACUUGCCACCAGUGGGAAAAUAGACAUGCUAAACCAGAAAGUCAAUUUGUAAUAGUGGUUUGGUGUUAACGUAGAUAGAACGAAUGGGCAUAUAGAAAUAAAGCUCCUGUACAAUUUCUACAAGUAGGUAGUAAGUUAUUUUCGUGACUAUAUUAUUUCCGCUGCUAGCAGACGAAUUGAUAUAUACGGCUUGUACAUUAUUCACUGUAAAUAAUACCAGUCUCACAUAUUUAGUUAAUGGAUUGCCAAUUUAUAUUAUUAAUGUACCGUAAUAAAACAAAAAUUUAAAUAA